CUCUUCUUGACCAAAUUGUUUUGCUUUUUAUUCAAUUUCCUUAAAUUAUUGAUUUCUUUUUUUUUGGUUAUAUGGUAAAUUACACAUUGUCGUCUCCUCCUAAUAAUCCUCUUUUCUGUUCCCAUUUGUGUUGUUGUGCUUUGCUCUUCCCCUUCCCUUUUCCUCAUUCUCUCUUCCUUCUCCUCUCUCCACAAAGCGUCUCCCCAUUAGGCACGUUGUUGAGAGCAGGGAAGUCUCGUGAGUUCUCGUCUCUCGAGUGUAACUGUGGUUAAAGCCUAGCCAAGAUGCAGGGAGAGAGGGCCAGUCUUGGCUAUUUAUCAGAGGCCGUGAACUUUGAGCAUGGCUCUUCUUCAAGUAAUGGUGUGAUAGAUCACUGGGAGAAUAUUCAUAGUCUUGGUGAUAAUGACUUGCAGGAUUACAUGAUUGCAAAUUAUGAAUCAAACGCUUCGCUUGCAAACUCAGUUUAUCGCGAGCAACAGGAUUUACGCAGAUUUAGCCGCGGUGAGGCUAGCUCUAGUGGCACGAAGGAUGAAGCUGCCAGUCACAAUGAGCAAAGAAUGGAAUCUAGAUGCUUUGACGGACGAAGAAAUGAAAUAAUUGAUUUAGAUCCAGUGUUUGGGCAACCAUCAGGCACAAAUCAACCUGUUCAGAAUGUCAAUCUGAAUGCAGAAUAUAUAGAAAUUCAUGAGGAUAUUAAUCCAUAUAGGGCUAGGUCUGGUUUUUUAGAAGCUAAUGGACUAGGGACAAGGGUUUCACAACCUGUCAGAUCUUUUGAAGAGAACAGUCUUGGGACAGGUUCUUCUGUAGAGGGUCGUCGUGCAUCCUACAAGAGAAAACCUCUUGAAGGCAGUAUUGGUCAAUCUUCUUCAGGAGGUUGUCGUGAUUUCCAGCGUGGAGAAAGCAGUUCGUGGACCCCAGCAUCUCCCGUUUACAGGCAAGGAAAUGGGAUAAAUAUAUCUGGCUCCCUCGACAAUGGACCAAGAGGAAUAGUCUCCGGUACUGCUCCAAAUUUUCCUGUUUCUGUGAUUGGAGAGAGCUCCAGUAGAAAUGUAUGCGUCAGAAGUAAUCCCUCAGAUCAGCAAGAAGUUGUAAACCUAGCUGCAUUUUCUGCGGGAACUGUUGUUAGGCGACCUAUUCCUCCAUCCCAGUCGAAUUUAUCAGGAGUUUUACCAGCAGAUCAACAUUCACUGGACCUGAGACCUGGACACUCUUUCGUCUUUUCUCGUAGCCGAAAUGCUCCUGCUGUGGGCAUACCACCUUGUUCAAGGACUAUGCUACCACCAUUUCAGUGGACUGAGGGGUCACUAGCGGGUGGAACAUCUAGCUCUACCCCGCAUGUUGAGAGAAAUUUUCAUCUAGAUGAAACAAGGACAAGAAGCUUAUCCGGGAAUAUUCAAGAGAAUCUCAUGUUUGUUCCAGGUCCUGACCUCAGAAAUUUGGCUCGUAGUCAGAGUAACAGAAAUGUAACAAGUGGAAACCUGAAUAUUGCAUCAUCAUUACCCAGAACAAGUUCAACAACAGGUGUUCCACCACCAUCUUCUAAUCUAGCGUGGACGCCUUACCAGAAUUCACCACACUAUCAAAGAAGAAGGUCUGAACGAUCUGAACUUGUCCGUAGGUCCUUGAUUUCUUCCCUUGCUGUAGAUGCUACAAACCAGAGAUCUGGUGAUCAUCCAACACUUCGUCCAGUGGCCCCUCCUACCUCUCCGGACGGGCUUGUACUUCAGCCAGGUGGUGAUAAUACUCAGAUGCAUAAUCGGGCUUACACAAGAGCAGGUCCAUGGCUUGAUAGGCAAGGCGAUAGUGUGGUUGGUAUUCCUCAUUCUUUGUGGGCCUUGGCCGCUGCAAGCAGAGGAAGAAGCAGACUCAUGGUGUCCCAGAAUGUCUUGGAUGUCAUGCGUAGGGAUGCUAAUAAUAACUUGCGGCUUGAGGACGUUAUGCUUCUAAAUCAGUCAGCGCUUCUUGAUGGGCCUGCUGGUAUUCAUGAUCGAUAUAGAGACAUGCGACUUGAUGUAGACAACAUGUCAUAUGAGGAAUUGUUGGCACUAGAAGAACGGAUUGGAGAUGUUUGUACUGGUAUUAACGAGGAAACCAUAUCAAACCGGUUAAAGCAACGAAGGUACAAAAGCAACACAAAAUCUCCACAAGAUGUAGAGUCAUGCUGUAUUUGUCAGGAGGAAUACACUGAGGGAGAAGACAUGGGGACACUAGAAUGUGGACAUGAAUUCCAUAGCCAAUGCAUAAAAGAAUGGCUGAAACAGAAGAAUAUUUGCCCAAUCUGCAAGACCACAGGCUUGAACACCGCGAAGAAGCGCAGGAUAGGAUGAUGAUAACUCCAAGAGAGCUUCUUCUUCUUCUUCUUCUUCUUUGGAACAAUUCAUUUUAUAAUCAAAAAUGAAAGAAAAUGAAGACACCCUUCAAGUCCCCCACCAUUGUAGAGCCAGGCAAGUUGGUUCCCAAUUUUUUUUUUUGUGUUUUAAAUAGAAGUUGUUGGUAUUUAUAAUCUGAGUAUGAAAAGAUGGAAAGAUUUGGAUUGAAGGCAAAGAUGGAGGGUGAUAGGGAAAUGUUGUUUUUCUUUUUCUGGAUUUGUUUGGAUAAUUUAACUUCUACCCCUUGUCAAUUAAGUUUAUGAAAAUCUUUUGAAAAAAAGCAGAUAAGUUGAAUUAGGCUGAUUUUGAGCUUAUACAAGCA